AUGGACCCUGGAACUGGUAUGGGUACUGUCCUUGGUAUUGGAAUGGGUACUGUCCUUGGUAUUGGAAUGGAAAUUGUCCACGGUAUUGGUAUGGGUAUUGACCUUGGUAUUGGUAUGGGUAUUGUCCUUGGUAUUGGUAUGGAUAUUGUCCUUGGUAUUGGUAUGGGUAUUGACCUUGGUAUUGAUAGGGGUACUGUCCUUGGUAUUGAUAUGGGUAUCCUUGGUAUUGGUACUAACAACAUAGAUGUUUUGCUCCUAAAACAUCCAACCGCUAAUCCAGGCAUCCAGUUCUUCGUCAGACGGGACGCUACCGACAUAG